CACCUGCCUGCCUCCAUGGGGCCUCCACCUGCACUCUGCACCUUCACCAGCCCAGCAAAUAAACCUGAGAAUUGUUGUGGACUGAAGGAGAGUGAAGUCCUCUCCCUGCUCAGCGACAUUGGUUCUGGUGUCCAGUAUCUCCAUGAAAAUAAAAUAAUCCACAGAGACCUAAAGCCUGAGAACAUUGUCCUGCAAGAGGUUGAUGGGAAGCUUGUUCAUAAAAUCAUCGACUUAGGAUAUGCAAAGGAUCUGGAUCAGGGCAGCCUUUGUUCGUCUUUUGUUGGAACUCUUCAGUAUUUGGCUCCGGAGCUGUUUGAGAGUAAACCCUACACUGCAACUAUGGACUACUGGAGCUUUGGGACGGUGAUUUUUGAAUGCAUUUGUGGCUUUCGGCCAUUUCUGCACCACAUGCAGCCAGUGCAAUGGUGAGCUAAUGAUUAAGUUUUCAUUUGCAGUGUGAAUGUCUGCCAAGGACAAAAAACCUGACACAUAAUACAUGAAAUUAAGUAUUGGAUUUAAAAAGAUGUUAAAAAAAUAAGCUGUACUUAAACUUCUUUAAAGACCAAGUUCACUGAGCAACCUGAGGCAGUGGAAGAGUUGCAUUGCUGUUAGCCAAUCAGAAGCAAGAUGUCUCAAUAUCAUGAAUAUUAAUGAGUAACAAUUCAAAUCCUGCCGUUUUCUGCACCCCACUUACCCGGCUAACUUCUACUUCCUGAAACAGGAGCGCCAGAGCUUUUUCUCUACUGAGAACGGCUAACAAGGCAUUCACUUAUACUAGAGACCACAGCAGACGUAUAGGGCUUCCACACUAGCAACGGCUCUUCUCCACCUAGAUGGGCUAGGAAGUGUUCACACCUGCAUAGCCUGGAUUUAUUCCUUGCUCAACCGGUCAUUUUUUCAGCCCUCUUCCCAAGGCGGUCUGCUUCGGACUGAAGUCGUCCAAGGCGCCCACUGCUGACUGAUUGGCCAGCUCAAAUUCAUGCCUACCAUUAGAGGGAGCCAUCUAAAGUCUCUC